AUGGCCGAAGUAGAAAAUCGACCACAGACGACUAGGCCUAAAACUACGAAGGCUAGUAGUGAAGAUAGGCCCAAAACUAAAAAAGCUAAUAGCGAGGACAGGCCUAAGACUAAAGCAGCUGACUCAACAGAUCGUCCUGAUACAGCUUCUGGAAGACCAAAAACACAAGCUUCAGAAGGCCGUCCAAAAACGACCGGUAAAGAGAACAACAAGCUUGGAACGUCCCCUCGACCACCUUCUCGUUCUCCUUCUUCUAAUAAGGUAAAAUUUUAGUUUUAAAUACGUCGUAUAAGUAUGUAAAAAGAGAUACUGUUACUUACAGUAUAAUUUUUCAACCUUAGGGUCAAUCAAAAUAUCUGACCAUACCACAAUGUUCCAGAUCUACCCCACCGAAAACCCUCCCCCAGCCGAAACUUUAUCUCCAUCGCCAGUACACGACUGGCUUCAAUCGGCCGAAGAUCCGGAUGCAGAAGCAGCUGUGAAAAUCAAAGCUUCUGACAUUCCAUUGAACACCGUGCCUAAUCAUCCGGCUCCAGAUGACGUGGACAUCAUAUUCAUUGAAGAUGUCCCAGCCCAUUUAGAAUGCAAAGUUUGUGGCCAGAUAUUAAGAGUACCUAAGAAGUUGCCAUGUGAACACAUGUUUUGUAGCGAUUGUCUGAAUAGUGUCACUGAAUGCCCUACUUGUGGAGCUGAGUGUGAUCCUAAGAAUGUAAGUCAGGGCCUUUCAAGACCUUGGAUAUAAGAUUUAAUAUAAGAUCAAAAAAGAACAGAUUAGGUAAAACUUUUACUGAAAUGAAGAACUUUUAAGUCACAAAUCACACCUUGUAAUCAUAACAUAAACCCAUGACACCCAAUUCCAGAUUACUGAAAACAAAGCCACGACAAAAGAGAUUCAGAAGCUCGGAGUCAAAUGCUCGUACAGUGAAAAUGGCUGUGAAUGGACCGGAAUCCUCAAAGAAUUAAAAGCACAUGCCAUUGGAUGUGAAUAUGCCGACACUGUAUGCCCACGUGGGUGUGGUAAAGUUUAUGCGAAGAAGGACGAAGAAGAACAUUUAAAGAAUUGCAACAAAAAGAUGGUCGAAUGUGAAUUUUGUGGCAAAGAAAUCAGUACAAAAGGUCUAAAAUUGCACAAUAAAAUGUGCCCACUGAUGAUCAUCGACUGUCCCAACAGAUGUGGGUUGCUGAGGAAGACUAGAGAAGAGGCAGGUUUUUUAUUUUUUUUUAAAUUAGCCUAAAAUGUUACCUAAAAUAACAAAAAAGUCACUAAAAACAUGGUAUUGUCACCUAAAAUUAUAAAAAUAGUUAUGACAAAAAGUUUUAUUACCUAAAAUAAAAAAAAUGUUAUCACAAGAAGUUUUAUCACCUAAAAUUAAAAAAAUGUUAUCACAAGAAGUUUUAUUACCUAAAAUUAAAAAAAUGUUAUCACAAAAACUUUUGUUACCUAAAAUUUAAAUUUUCAUUUUACCCACCAAAAAAAUCUUACAAUCCUUUGAAACACCUUGCCAGAAACCCAAAAAUUCAAUCCAUGUAUCGAGAAUAAAAUAUUUAUCUAAAAAACAUCAGCCCCAAGCCUGCCUACUUCCUUACGCAGGCCGCAACCCGUUGACUUUCAAAAGAACCGCCAACAAGGCCCGUUUGAAUUUUGAUUGCACCGUGCAAAAUAAUUUGCCUUUUCACCAAAAUCUCCUUUCGAAGAUCGAAGGAUUUUUGACAAAUUUGGAGCUCUCAAAAUCUCAAAAAUUGGGCCAUUUUUGUUUUUCUCUAACCUUCUCUAACAACCCUCUCAUGUCGCAACGAUCUCUCCGUCAUCGCCGCUCUGGGUCUCUUGUUUUGUACAGUCGCGCAAUGUAUUUCUCCGAUCACUUCCUUUCUAUGUCCGUCUCUUAAAAGUGCACUCUCUUUCUAUUUCCCGAUAAUUUGCACCGUGCAAGCUAAAUUUCCGUUGAUUGCACCGUGCAAGCCAAAAUUCAGCCACUAAAAAUCGUUUUCCAAAAUCGAAGGAUUUUUGACAAAUUUGGGGCUCCGAAAAUCUCAAAAUUCUUGCAAUCGUCUAACCUUAUCUGACCACCCUCUCAUGUCGCAACGUUCUUUCUGUUGUCGCAAACCUGCCUCUGUUGUUGGUUGCAGUUGCGCAAUCACUUUUUGCGAUCUGUCUCUUUCUGUUCCUCGUCUCCUGAUAUCGCGCUCUCUUUCCUUCUUCAAUUUGAUUGCACGGUGCAGACGGUUUUUGCCAAAAUUUUCAAUUUUUCGCUCUGGAUAUCCUGCAAAUUUCGGAAAGCGAUUUUUGCGACCAAACUUGGGCUUGCACCGUGCAAUCAUUCAAGAAAGAAGAGAGAAUGCAAUAUGAAGAGACUUCGAAGAGAAAGAGAGGGAUCGCGAAACUUGAUUGCGCAAGUGUAAACAAGAAGAGAGGUUCACCCAGCGACAAGUAGAGAUCGUUGCGACAUGAGAGGGUUGUUAGAGAAGGUUUGAGAAAAACAAAAACGGCCAAUUUUUGGGAUUUUGAGAGCUCCAAAUUUGUCGAAAAUCCUUCGAUCUUCAAAAGGAGGUUUUCGCAGAAAGGAAAUUAUUUUGCACGGUGCAAUCAAAAUUCAAACGGGCUUUUUUGGCGGUUCUUUUGAAAGUCAACGGAUUGCGACCUGCGUAAGGAAGUAGGCAGGCUUGGUGGGGCUGAUGUUUUUUAGAAAAAUAUUUUAUUCUCGAUAUAAGGAUUGAAUUUUUGGGUUUCUGGCACAGUGUUGGAAAGAAUUAUAAGCUUUUGUUGAUGGAUAAAUUAAAAAUUCAGAAAUAAUUUUGGGAUUAGAAAUGGUUAACCAUUGUUUUACUUUUUAAAUAUUUAGGUAACAAUGAACUAUCUUUUUGGAUUUUAUGUGACAAACAUGAGAUAAAACAUGAUUUUGAAGUAAUAAAACUAUUUACUCUGUUUUUUGCUUUGGGUAAUAACUUACGUGUAUUUAGAUAACAAAAACCUUUAUUUAUGUAUUUUAGGUAACAAAAUCACUUAAAAUUCAAAGUUGAACCUUUAGAUAAAUGCCCAUUUGCCAGAUUGUCCCAAAAAGGGUUCCGUAUGCCCAUUUGGGGAAUUUGGGUGCAAUUACACUGGCGGCCGAGAAAACUUACAAAAGCAUAUAAAGGACAACUUGAUAAACCAUCUAGGGUAUUUGUGUGAUGGAGCUACGGAGCUGCAAAUACUUUUGACACAAGUGCAUUUGAAUAUGGACAGGACUAACAGAAAUGUCACUGUUUUACAAAGUCGGGUAGGUUUUUGAGUUUAAAAUUAUUGUUUUGUUAGUAAGUAUAGUACUUUAUGUUGUAAAGGUGCUAAUACUAGUAAAUAUUGGUGGUGGGGUAUUCCACUUUAAAUUGUCAUUGGCGACCCUUAACUUUUCAUUGACGACUUAUAGCUUGUCAUCCCUCUCGUCUUUAACUGGUCGUUAACGGCUUGUUAAGCAUCAUUAUGGCAUUUAUAUCUGCCUAACUGAUUUCAGGUUGAUGCUCUCGAAAAACUGUAUGGAUCCCAAUACAUUUGGAGAAUUGAUGAUUACAGUAAACGGCUUAAGGACGCCAAGUCCAACUCCAAGCCUGUUAUUUAUUCUCCGCCGUUCCUGUCAGGCCGCCAUGGCUACAAACUUAUGAUGAGUGCCGCUUUGUAUGGGGAUGGAUUAGGUAAGAAUAAAGUGGUAUUGUAUCAAAUUAUGAUAAGAACUAUAGUAUUAUUUUUAUUCAAAAAUUUCAUUAUUAUGACGAUAUAAAUUAGCGUUUUUUCUAAAAUGACAGAUUUUAUAGAAUAAUUUUAAAAUUUAAAUCCUAGCCAGUGGCAAGUACUUGAGUGUAUACCUAUCAAUUCUUCGUGGAGAACAUGAUCCUCUCUUGCCAUGGCCAUUUGUCCAUAAAGUCACAUUCACCAUGAUGGAUCAGAAUCCAGAAGUUAACGAUCGUGAACACAUGGUUUAUGUGAUUAAACCUUCACCGAAUGGAGAAGAUGACAAUUACUUGAAUCGACCAAAAGCCGAAAGAAAUUCUGCUUUUGGGGCCCAAAAGUUUUGUCCAAUAGAAGAUAUGCAGAACUAUGUUAGAGAAGACGUACUGUUCGUUAGAUGUUACGUCGACACGGAGAAUAUGAUUGUUUUGUAA